AUGUCUGAGACUCACGAACCUCCACAAAUCGAAAAGACUGAUAAUUACCUUUCACAGGACUGUGUUAUCAAAAUUUCUAAAUUUCCAGAAGAGAAAGACUUAAUUAUUAAAACAGUACAUAAACGCUUCCCUUUCUUGACAUAUACCAAUUCGAAUGCAUGGCACCGAGAUGUUUUUAAAUAUACCGAUUCGGAAGCUAAAUGCCCAAUAUGCAAAGAGAUACAUACACGAUAUUGUAUAUGGGGUGAUUGGAGCGAUCUAGGUAAAGAUGAUCAUUAUUAUCUCAAUUGUUCAUUUCGUAUCGAUCAGAAGAAAGUUAUAAUCGCGAUACAGAGCUUACCGGAAAUUCAAGUAAGUGUACAAAACAAAAUCCAAGAGGUAAAGCCUAAGAAGUUUUUGUCCAUUACAGAGGCUGAGAAAAAAAGAUGGACCAUGGGAUGCUUCCGUGCCAACUUGGAGAGAGAUAUACGCCUUUAUCGUGGGGGAAUAAAAAGAAAUGAAGAUACCAGAAAAUAUUGCAAAUUUUUAACAGAUCGGGAAAGGCUAGUUGGUGAAGAAUUAUUACGUUGCGGUAUACUAAAAAGCGGAUUAAGUACUGCAUGGUUGGAUGAUCUUAUGAAAAAAUGGGAAGAAAUCCACACUCAAUUCGUACAAAUUUUUGGCCAUACCUUCGUCCCUUUUGAGGAAAAGACUUUAUUUGUACCGCGAGUAAAUGUUCAAUCUACACCAUCAAAACGACAAUUCCCAAUUUCU